CAAGAAUGCCGGAAUUGUCACACCUGUUGUCGACGUCCAAAGCAUUAUCUGUUAUGCAUGCCAAAGCCCAUUCACUUGACUGUCAGAUUGUCUGGGGAGGCUUGUACCAGGAAAAAGCGGCUUUGUCAACUGGCGAGUCCAUGGAGCAGUUUUUCUCCUAUCUAGCUAAAUGCGGGUUAACUACCAAGAACAUGAAUGCAGCUGCUCGAAUAGAUUCGCUAACAGAACACACGGCGUUCUGGAACAGAAGGAAAAUUGAUAACUUGGCAUUUUCAUUAUCAAAGCAAUACAAAAAGACAGUAAAGAAACUUAAGGAAACGGAGGAUGGAAUGAAUUCAUUACAAGUUGACUUUAGUGUCAAUAUAGAUGAGGCCCAAAUUCAAGACUGGGAAAGAGAAUUGCGAAGAAAUGCCCGUGGCUCUCUCCAGCAACGCAGUUCAACAACCAUUGUUGAAUCUUUAGAGGAGUAUUACAAACUCUACAACGAGCUUGAAGAUGCAUCCUCUCUCCAGACAUUCAUUGCAAACUCGAGCGAAGCCAGAAGUAUAAUUACAGGUCACGACGACAUGUACCAGCUUAUUGUCAGCAGCAAUAAGGAUACAACUGCAAAGAGAAGGCGGCUGGAGCAGUUAGAAACCCAACUGGCGUCAAAGGGUUACAACAAAGACAACAUCCUUAACGACGGGAAACAGUUGUCAGCGAAUAAUGCCUUGGCCAUAUUGCAGACCAGAAUUGUUCACAUUUAUCUAAAUGUGCAACAAUUACAGCUUGAAAUUUCUCGACUAGCAGAUACGUCAAAGAAACGAACCAAAUUACGUCGGAAGGUUUCUUCUACUGUUGUAUUGCUUAACACUACAGUAGAAAAAUACAACAAAGUCGCCCAGCUUCUUCAAGUACGAACCCUGGAUCCAAAUGAUGUUAAAGCUGGGAAGUUCUCGUGGAAGGAUCAAGAAGCUUCCGCACAAGCAACACUUACAGAAUGGCAGCAGAAACAACUGGUCGACAAAUUCGUCAUCAUUAAGCGAUGCAAAGAAGAACUGCUACUUUGUUUAGAAGAAAUGAAGCUUUUUUGCGUCUUUUACAAAAACUUAAUUGCCAAGCUGCAAGGAGACGUUUCGGUGCUCAAAAGAAGAAUUUCAGAUCUGGAAGCUGGCUGUACCGUUGCCCAAGUCGUUUCAGAACUUGUGAUGGAUUCCUUUUCCAUUGCUAAAAAGGAAUCGUUUUUGCGCUGUUUGGAAAACGAGGUGCUCCAUUCUCUAUUGAAAGGCGUCUUGUCUUUAAAAAAGAAAGGCACCGUUGCAUACAAAAGAAAGCUGUCUGCUAGUGCAGAACUUUUCCAAAAGGCUGUGGGAGAGGCCCCUGAAUUUUUUAUGGACAUUGAUGAAGGUGUGGAUGAAGAUGUUGACGAUGAUUUAGAAGAAGACCCGGUGGAUGAAGAGAAUGAUGGGUUGAACGACGACUCCAUUGAUGCAGUCGUAGAUAGUGUAAUAUUUACUUAAAAGUGUAAAUAGCGUAAUUUUUAUUAAUUUCACUUGCGAAACGUUUGGAAAAGUGCACUGUUACAACAAUAUAUCUAAUAUAAUUUAUGCCCAGUCGAAAAGAUAUCGGUUUCUAAUUAACCAAAACAAUCAUUUUGUGAGCUACCACUGCACAAAUUCUCCAUUUUCAAUAACGUAGUUCAAUAACGAUAUCAAAUUUGUUUUUAUCCAUUAUGAAUUCAUUAUUUAAUUUAUAUUAAUAUAAUUUCCCUUGAUUUGUGAUCUUCUGAUUGGAUUCAAAAAUGUCCCAGUUGCUAACCUCGCCUUCUCCAGAAAAAUAUUUGAAAUGAAAUAUUUGAAAUGAAAUAUUUUUGCGAAAUUACUUUAGUAUUCUUUUAUAGCUUUUGUCAGUUGAUUGGCACUCAACCCAGGGGCCGAUUGGAAUCCUUUUUGCAUAUCAGGAAAUCGACCUUAAGGGGUCCAGAAGGUUGCAUUUUGCGCCUUUGGUAUGAUUAAUUGUAAGAAUGCAUCUAGAAUUAACUAUGUUGUGCAUAUAUUAACUUUUAAGCAAGUCGUUGUCCAGAUUCAAUAAACG